GCUUAAAAGACGAGCGCAAACCGCUCAACGCUUCAGUCGAGUUUGAAACUUACACUCAAGCGGAGUUGUAAAUAGUUGUUCGAGUUGUUGGCUCGUACUCAAACUGUAGAAAAAUGUAAAAAGUCGACUAAAAACAUAUAUCUAUAUACACACAUAUAAAUAUUUGUUUGCUGCAAAAUUAUUUUCAACUUUAAUUUCAACGAAACGAAAAUAAAAACAAACCAACAACAAACGAAAUCGAAACAAACCAACCAACCGAAAAAAAACAACCAAACGGGUUAAAGCUUGCAUGUAGUCCCCAAAACCAAGUAGUAAAGAAUAAGGAAACUAUAUAGAACCGAUAUAGGGAAUCGGGAAGAAGUUGCAGCUAAUUUCUGGUUCGUAUAACUCCAUUAGAAGGCGAUUAGCAUAUUGAAAUACGAGCGGAGGCAGCGGCGGGAAACCCGCUGCAGUGGCUGAAGUGCCAACGAUAAUUCAAUCAAAGGGCUGGAAAAAGUUGCCCGGAAAACUGCUUCUGUGCGAAGUAGGGAAAGAAACUACAAAACUCCAUCAAAACACUCGGAUAAAGUGGAAAACGUGUGCGUGCGCGUGUGAAAAACUUUUAUCAUCAGGCCGAGGGUCUUAAUUUCCACACUUUAUAAGUUCCGCCAGCCAGCGGUAUAUGUCCUUCUUGGCCAUGGAACACCACCACCACCACCACCACCAUCAUCAUCAUCAGCAGCCGCGUCAGCACCACCUCAGCAUGUGGCCAUCAUUCGCCAUCUGUCUGCUGCUCCUGCAGACCACCACGACCACCAUGGCCAUCGAUUUGAGUCGUUUGUACGGGCACAUGGCCAAUCCCAUCGUGAAGCGGAGCGAAGCCUGUCAUCCAUAUGAGCCCUUCAAGUGUCCCGGGGAUGGUAAUUGCAUUUCCAUCCAAUAUUUAUGCGAUGGUGCACCCGAUUGCUCUGACGGAUACGAUGAGGAUAUGCGUCUGUGUACGGCGGCCAAGCGUCCGCCGGUCGAGGAGACCGCAUCCUUCCUCCAGAGCCUGAUCGCCUCCCACGGACCCAAUUACCUGGAAAAACUUUUCGGCAGCAAGGCACGUGAUGCCCUUUCACCUCUCGGCGGAGUCGAGAAGGUCGCCAUCGCCCUGAGUGAGUCGCAAACGAUUGAGGACUUUGGCGCUGCCCUUCAUCUAAUGAGAUCGGACCUGGAACACUUGCGCUCGGUUUUCAUGGCGGUGGAGAACGGGGAUCUGGGCAUGCUGAAGUCGCUGGGUAUCAAGGACUCGGAGCUGGGCGAUGUGAAGUUCUUCUUGGAGAAGCUGGUCAACACCGGCUUCCUCGACUGAGUAGCGCCAGAUCCGGCUUCUGGAUUUUAUUACGCACACGCACAGCCCAUCAAUCCUAAUUUCUAUUCGUAUUUGGGCGCGCCCUACGAUAAUUACAAUUAUUAAAUGCGAAUUACACCGGAACACACGUACCUACACUCAUCUUCCCCAACAAAACGUACCCAUGAAUGCCCCUCCAUUUCAGCCAAAAGAUAUUUUCUCAAACUCUAUUUUUGAGUAUGAUUUUGCUUUCCAAGACCCUUCUUAUACGAGUUAUUUUGUUUAAUUUAUUUUCAUUUUCCAAAACACUUUUAUAUAAAAACAAAAACCAAGCAACCAAAAACUAAAAAAAAUUGCAAAAGACCACGAAAAAGCUACAAAAAAAGUGAAGGCGCGAAGAGGAAAUAAACAUACGCAAAUAAAUAAACAAUUUCGAUCACAAAUCGGCUUCUAUCUACCGAAAAGCAAAUCUCAUGCUUUCUCCCAACUUUCUGCGCUCCUUCUUAAACUUUCUUUAUGCGUUGCGUUUCUAUCGCGAACUAUGUUUAUUUUGAGAAAAUCUAUGCGCAAACUUCAGAACAUUGCAGAAAAAACUUCAUUAAGAACUAGAAAAAUAAAAUGUGGAAGCAGGAUCGUUUGGCAAACCAAAACAAAAAAGAAAAAAAACCAAUAUAAUUAAAGAAGAAAUUUUAUCAAUGUUUAUAUAUCGAACUUUUUCCGAAGCAUAUGUAUGUAUACAGAUACUAAACAUUUUUAUCGAUGUAUAUGUAAAGUGUUUCAAGGCUUCUUAGAUCCGUCACUAAUGGUAUUCACAACAAAAGUCCCUACGAACAACGUAUGCAAAACCGUAACCGAGGCUAUCAGUAAAGAACCUUCCAACCAUUUUCUAACACUUACGAGUAUCUUCUUUCGAUAAACGUCUAUUAAUUAUAAACUAUUAAAUAUGGAAUACUUCUUUAGUUCUAGUCGGUAAAAAGUAAAAAGUAGCGAAAGCCCUGCAGCUAUUGUUGUUUCCAGUAGAGAAAAAUCUUUGAUGUUUCGUAUCAAAUUAACAAAAUAAAGUAAAGCAAACCAAAACGUUGUUAUAGAAACUUAAAUCUCAAUGUCGAGCUACUGUGCAGCAGUGAAAUUACUGGUUUUGAGUUGCAUAAUUCACGGAACGUUUUGAGUGUCUAAAUAAAUAUCGAUGAGAGUUCUCACGCUACGUACUCAAACCAAGUAAUUAAAAAGCCUAAGCCUAAUUUAAAAAUAAUACACACAACUUUACUCAAUUCUCAGCAUAUAAUAUAUAUAUUUCCUAGAAGAAAAAAAAAGAUAAGCAGCUGUAACCAAUGUGCGAUUCUCCGUUUUCAGGACCAGUUUCGAUUUGCCAAUGAACCAUAAAACUGACCCAAACCAUUUGGAAUAUCUUCUAAGCAAAACCCGAAACUGGCUCUCAAAAUACAAAAACACUUUACCACCUAGUCUAAGAAUUCUCGAAUUCAAACAUUCUUCAAAUGGAGCACGGAAUUGUUGACCAGAUAUAGUGGCAAGUAACUAAAAUGAAUAGGAAUCGGAGGAGAAAUUAUGAAACCCAAUGUUAAAGGAAGAUUCUUUAGAUUAAACCGAAAAUUAAUGGAGUUAUAAGUACCUUGAAUUAGCUGAUAGGUCGUACAACAACUACAGCAAAAGUAAACUACAAUUAUUUAUUGAAAUAAAAGAAAAGAGAAAACAAAGAAAAACAUUUUAAUUACCUAUAUAGUCGUCUAUUCAAAGUAUAUUUACGAAUAAAUAUUAUUCGACGGAACUUAAACAAGUCAAGAGUAAUAUUAAAAGAAUGAUAAUGAAAUGAAACUGAUCCAUUGAACUAUAUAUAUAUAUAUAUAUAUGAUUAAAAGAGGAUGUGAGGAUAUGCCCCAUGUAAAUAAAGAAUACAAACUACGAAUUCCAUAAUCGAUGCAAAUGAAAUGGAAACACAAAAAAUAAAACCAACAAAGUGAUAAUUUGUUUUUUGCGUUCCAUCAAAACACCUUCGCCUGUAAGUUUUAAAUAAUUUAAAUAUCUACAAAAAAAGAAAACCAAAAAAAAAAACGUUUUUUCUCUGUGAAUAUUUUUUAAAAAUUUAAUAUACAAUUGCUAUAUACAAAACAGACAUUUCCUAAUUAUAAGCCACAGAACUUAUAUCGCAUACAUAUCAGCAGAGAUAAAGAAGAAACAAACUGCAAAAGUUAGAGUUACACAAAAAUCUAUUAACACAAAAUAUAUGCAACAUAUCAAUUAAAAACAUAUCAAAUAUGAAGACGAAAACGAAAGUUGAAAUUGAAUAACGUUAAGAAUAUUAUAUAUAAAUAUAUUUAUGGCUAAACACACCAAAGACAAUUUUACACUUGAUAUUCGAUUUUUCCUUUCUCUUUACUUUGAGUUUAUCUUUUAGUUUCAAUUCAUUUAAACAAAUUGUUACUUGUUUCAGUGUUUUAAUGCCAAAACUGACCCAUUGAACUUUUAAAACGCUGAAACAAUUCAACAAUAAGAAAUCUACUAAAAACAAUCUCUUAUCAAAGAAACAAGCUUAAUAUAACAUAAUUUAAAGUUAUUUAGGUUACAAAUUUAAUUUAAAAGUAUGUAUUUAUUUGCUAGUCAGCUUAGAAACAAACAAAACCACCUAAAGUCACAAGAAAUAGUUGAAAUAUAUUUGAAUGAAACGAGUAAACGAAACAUAUCAGUUACUGAAAAAUUGUAGCAAACAAAAUACUCCAGCAACAAGAGAGAAAGUACUCUUCAAAAAUCAAACAAAAAAAUGCUAUAUAAAAACUAUAUGCAAUACCGAAACACAAUUAAAGUUUGAAUUAAAUACAGUAGAGUAAAUCGAGUUUAACGAGAAAGAAAAAACACACUACAACAAAAUGGAGUCUAUGUGUAAAUGCAUUAUAAUUAGAAUUGCAAAAAAUCCAUACAAACAGAGGCGAAACGAAAUUUAAAUAAAAUUUUUAACAUUCCAAUGAUGCUAUUUCUUUGGUGUGCUGUUUUAAACAACAAACAA